AUGGAAUACAAGCUGGAAAUGGUGAGUCAAUCUUUCGAAAAGUAUCGAAACCUACGCUUUCCGCUGAAGGUGUGGAUACUGGUGAACGCGACGGGGGAAAAUCGGUUUCUUCGCUGGAAUGGAAACAAAACCGUUGUCUUGCUGGAGCGAGAUGCCCUGGAGCAAUAUUUGCAGACGUCGGAAUCCAUUUUCCGGUGCUCAAAGCUUUCAACUUUCUUUUGGUUGAUGGAUUUGUACGGAUUCGAAUUGGUAGUGGAUGACGAUUCCGAUGGUGAAAAAAAUGACAAACAUAUUCUGAAGUACAAGCAGGAUUCAUUCACCGGAGAAAAUCGUGCCUACUUCGAGCAGCUGCUCCGCAGCCGCCGCUUGCGCGAGGUAUUCAACAUGCAAAACGGGAACUGUUCGAAGCCGCAAGGAAAAAUUCUGAAAACAUCUAAACAGUAUGACUCGGGAGAACAUGGCCCCGAGCCCAGCACUGCGAGAUCACGGCUUUCAUCCAGCAGCUUCGCCCAGGAGAAGUUCAAUCUGCUGAUGGAGACUAAAUCGUUGGAGUUAUCAAUCCGCGAAGCUUACGGAAACCUUAGCAGAGUCAACGACGAUGACAUGGUUCCGAUUAUUGAAGUUCCGGAAAUGUAUUGUAAUGAACCGGAAACCAAGCCACCGGAAUAUACAAAACAACGCCUUAUCGCUGGGAAUUACGGACGCGCUGAUCUGGAUGAUUUGAAGCGCUUCUUCGGUAACUAUUUACCGGUCUACGAUGAUUCGCCAGAGGCCCAGAUUGCGAAUGUACCGGAGAAAAAACCUGCAGUGGAUAAACCAUCGACGUUGACGGCACCACUACCGGAAGACGAACCGCCAGAAGUUCGCCCGGAAACACCACGGCUGAAACCGGUCGUCAACACGUUGGACACUUUCGACUAUCAGGAUGAAAACAUGCCGGAUGGCCAGGAUGGCGGCUAUCAUUCGGUGACCGCUGGUGUGCUCUCACCGCUGACGCUGACGCCAUUCGAGGAUUUGGGCUUUCCCAAGGAUGAAGCCGCCGAAGAGCCAACAACGAUCGUCGCCAACGAGGACGCUGGAAAACGCUGUGGCUUGGAUCCCCUCGCGGAGGACGAAUCCCAGGCGCAGCUGUGUGCCGAUAUUCGCGAGACGUUUGAUUUGUUGAACCAAUUUUAG